UAGCCUCCCUCACCCCCUUCUCUUUCUCAGAGCUCUCUCUCCAAUGGAACCCCCACCAAGAAAUGCUGCCCUUUUUCUCCUCACCAUUCUCAUCUUUCUUUCCGCUUCUUCCUCAGCCCCACUUCAGUACCAAAACCUAGUCCUCAACCCCCUCCCUAACACCCAACACACCCUCUCAUGGGCCGAUUCAGACUCCCUCGUGCCGGACAUCACCGAAACCGACCCAGAUUCCUCCACCACAACCCUCCAGUUGCACCACAUAGACUCCUUGUCCUUCGGCAAAACCCCGGUGCAACUCUUCAACCUCAGGCUCCAACGCGACGCUGUCAGAGUGAAGGACCUUACUUCCCUCGCGGCCGCCAGGAACGGGAGUCGCGUACCUCUCCCUGGCGGCGGGUUCAGCAGCUCCGUCGUCUCCGGGCUCUCCCAGGGCAGCGGCGAGUACUUCACGCGGAUCGGCGUGGGCAGUCCCCCGAAGUACAUGUACAUGGUGCUGGACACUGGGAGCGACAUCGUAUGGCUCCAGUGCGCUCCCUGUAAGAGAUGCUACUCCCAGGCCGACCCGGUCUUCGACCCGACCAAAUCCACAUCCUUCGGCAAGAUCUCGUGUGGGUCCCCCCUGUGCCGCAAGCUCGACUCUCCGGGCUGCAAUACUCGCAAGACUUGUAUGUAUCAAGUCUCCUACGGCGAUGGGUCCUUCACUGUCGGCGAUUUCUCCACCGAAACGCUGACGUUCCGUCGUACCCGGGUGGCGAGCGUGGCGCUCGGUUGUGGCCACGACGACGAGGGCUUGUUCGUCGGUGCUGCGGGGCUGUUGGGACUCGGCCGGGGGGGGUUGUCAUUCCCCUCGCAGACCGGUAGCCGGUUUAACCGGAAAUUCUCGUACUGUUUGGUGGACCGCUCCGCCUCGUCCAGGCCGUCCUCGAUCGUGUUCGGCGAGUCGGCGGUUUCUCGGACCGCCCGGUUUACUUCCUUGCUCGUCAACCCCAAGCUCGACACCUUUUACUACGUCGAACUCCUCGGGAUCAGCGUCGGCGGGGUACGCGUCCCUGGCAUCACCGCUUCGUUGUUCAAACUCGACCCCUCUGGAAACGGCGGGGUAAUCAUCGACUCGGGCACGUCGGUUACUCGCCUAACCCGACCCGCUUAUAUUGCCUUGAGAGAUGCGUUCCGGGCCGGAGCAUCGAAUCUGAAGCGGGCACCCGAGUUUUCAUUGUUCGACACGUGUUUUGACCUGUCCGGGAAGACGGAGGUGAAGGUACCGACGGUGGUGUUGCAUUUUCGAGGCGCUGACGUGUCUUUGCCGGCGACGAAUUAUCUGAUCGCGGUGGAUACUGAUGGUAGCUUCUGCUUUGCAUUCGCGGGUACGUUGAGCGGAUUGUCGAUUAUUGGGAAUAUCCAGCAGCAGGGGUUCCGGGUCGUGUACGAUUUGGCUGGCUCUCGGAUCGGGUUUGCUCCUCGUGGGUGCGCGUGAGUAGCGUGCGCGAUGGAUGGUAGUGGGAAACAGAAAAGGUUUCCCCUCCCAUUUUGUUCUUUCUUUUGGGUUUUGUUUAGUUGAAAAAGAAAAAAUCUUUCUUGGAUUUUUUUAAUCUGAGUAAAGAGAGAGGAUAGGAGUAGGACUGCUAGAGGGUUCACGUGGGUCUUUGUUGUCGGUAUCUCAUCAUAAUUAUUACUCUAAUACAGGGGUAAUUUUAUUCACUAUUAAGUAAUUUAUUUUUAUUUUUUUUACUUUACUUGUAAGUUACAUUAUUUACAUUUAACUUACAAUGAGGUUGUUUUGUCGAUGACAUUAUGAUGUUGUCGUCCUUCCACCUUCUCUUUC